AUGUCGGACCUCGCCAACCGCAAGGUGUUCAAGGUGUUCAACCAGGAGUUUGUCGUCGACGAGCGCUACAAUGUGACCAAGGAGCUCGGCCAGGGCGCCUACGGCAUCGUGUGCGCCGCCACCAACAACCAGACGGGCGAGGGCGUCGCCAUCAAAAAGGUCACCAACGUCUUCAGCAAGAAGAUCCUGGCCAAGCGCGCCCUGCGCGAGAUCAAGCUGCUGCAGCACUUCCGCGGCCACCGCAACAUCACCUGCCUGUACGACAUGGACAUCCCGCGCCCGGACAACUUCAACGAGUGCUACCUGUACGAGGAGCUGAUGGAGUGCGAUCUGGCUGCCAUUAUCCGCUCCGGCCAGCCGCUGACCGACGCCCACUUCCAGUCCUUCAUCUACCAGAUCCUGUGCGGGCUCAAGUACAUCCACUCGGCCAACGUGCUGCACCGCGACCUCAAGCCGGGCAACCUGCUGGUCAACGCCGACUGCGAGCUCAAGAUCUGCGACUUUGGCCUGGCCCGCGGCUUCUCCAUGGACCCCGAGGAGAACGCCGGCUACAUGACCGAGUACGUCGCCACGCGCUGGUACCGCGCGCCUGAGAUCAUGCUGAGCUUCCAGAGCUACACAAAAGCGAUCGACGUCUGGUCCGUCGGCUGCAUCCUCGCCGAGCUGCUGGGCGGCAAGCCCUUCUUCAAAGGCCGCGACUACGUCGACCAGCUCAACCAAAUCCUGCACUACCUGGGCACGCCCAACGAAGAAACGCUCUCGCGCAUCGGCUCGCCCCGCGCCCAAGACUACGUCCGCAACCUCCCCCGCAUGCAGAAAAUCUCCUUCCAAUCGCUCUUCCGCGCCGCCAACCCGGACGCCCUCGACCUGCUCGACCGCCUGCUCGCCUUCGACCCCUCCUCCCGCAUCACCGUCGAAGCCGCCCUAUCGCACCGCUACCUGCAGAUCUGGCACGACGCGUCCGACGAGCCCGCCUGCCCCACCACCUUCGACUUCCAGUUCGAGGUCGUCGAGGAGAUUCCCGACAUGAAGCGCAUGAUCCUCGAUGAGGUGAAUCGCUUCCGCCACCUCGUCAGGGUCCAGCCGAGUGCGGGCCAGGGCGCGCAACAGGGCGCGACCCAGGUUCCGAUUCCGGAGUUUGGCGAGCGCAAGGGGUAUGAGGAUCCUCGUCCGCAGGAGGCGUUUCAGCAGCAGGGUCAGUGGGGGGAUUUGGAGCGCGAUUUGCAGGGUUUGGAUGGGCGGGGGCGGUAG